AUGCCUUCUGCAGUAUAUGAUAUCUCAUCCUCUCCCCAUGCCAUCGAUGUGGAUGCUUCACCAAUUCGGGAGGGCAAGUUGGCCAUGCGCGAUAACCAUGCGGUGGAAAGCCUCAGUCGUGCCUCCGGGUCUCGAGGCCCAAUCAAACGAACGCCGUUGAUUGAUAUUGACGACACGGACGACGACAUAGUAAUCCUCCCCAGCCCACCACCGCUAACAGCGUCAAGCUCUAACCUUCGCGCCGAAAGCAGUGUCUCCGGUUCCCGCAUGGAGGGCUUUUCUCAGUCUGGUACAAGUGGUCAUGGGAUGCGAGAGGCGCAGACUGGCGAGGGACAGAUACACGCAGAGACAGCAUAUUCCGAAGAGGUUGCAUUGGCCAAAGUCCUGGACUUUGUGCCUGAUGUUGAACUUUCAUAUGCUACAUCGCUCUGUCAACGUUUCUUCGAUCAACACAAAACAAGGACGCAUGAAGUUGUCAUACACCAUCUUUUGGAAGAAUCUCGUUAUCCAAAGUUAGAGCGAAAACGAAAGAAACCUGAAUAUGAGCAAGAGGACCCAAAAGGAAAAGCCAAAGAAGCUAAGAUUGAUUACACAAGUCUGAAUCGCAAUGGCGAUGGUCUGCAUUACAAAAGCCUUUCCUUGGCGCAUUUGCAUGAAAACUUCCCGUCCAUCCCCAGUCAGCAUAUCCGCAAGGUGUUCUCAGGCGUCGGGAAGGGAUUAUACGCGCCCUCCUACUUUCAGCUUGAAAAGGACAACGAGUCAAGAACUCCGUCAUUCCGUAAACGUACCUACCUACGCAAGUCAGUCUCGAAGAGCCAUUAUAAGAGCGAUUAUUUUGAAGCUGAAAGGCUCUGGGUUGCAGAGCAACGCGAUGCUAAGCGGAUUGAAGGUGCACCCGUGGAUAAUCCCCAGGAAGUAGAUCCGGCGGCGAACAUCGAAUGUGGUUGCUGCUUUGGCGAAUACGCAUUUGAGGAAAUGGUCCAGUGUCCUGAGGCCCAUUUGUUCUGUAAAGAGUGUGCGCGGAGGCAUGCUGAGGAGGCGAUAGGAAAUCGGAAAGUGGACAUCGUUUGCAUGGACCAGUCAGGAUGUAAAGAGCACUUUCAUCGUACCGAAGUGGCUCGCUUCCUCCCCGAAAAAAUGAUCACGCUUUGGGAACGCAUUAAGCAAGAGAAAUCUAUUCAAGAAGCUGCGAUUGACGGCCUUGAGUCCUGCCCAUUCUGUCCGUACUCCGUUGUGAUCGAGAACGAUGAGGAGAAGUUGUUCAGAUGCGAGAAUGAGGAAUGUUAUGCCAUCAGCUGCCGUGCAUGCAAGAAACUGGAUCAUCUUCCGAAGAGCUGUAAAGAAGUGGAAGAAGACAAAAAACUCGACGCAAGACACGUAAUCGAAGAAGCUAUGACUGCUGCCCUAACUCGAAAGUGUCCGACAUGUUCAAACUCGUUCAUCAAGACGGAUGGGGUUAUUAGAGGUUAUGAACAUUUCUCCCAACGUCCACCGAACGGCGGCCCUCGGAGAAAUUCUACCAAAUGCGAGCUCUGGGAUGCGGUCGAACGACGUGGGCAUGAUGAAGUUGCCCAAGCUGCAUACGCUGCUCUUGAGAAAUACAAGGCGGAAAAUCCCGAGGCGGAGGACUCAGAUAUCGAUAUCAAGACAAUCUUACCAGAUGCCCUAACCAUCCUUACCUUCAAGCCCCCGGCCGGGGCUUCCAAUGAACCUCCCACGCUUGCACCAAGAACUUCAGCAUCAGCCACUGCCAGCGCCAGCAGACUUGCCACCUCCAAUUCUUCAUCACAAUCACGUGCCCAAUGUCCACCCAGGACCCCUCGUGUCGCACAACGUCCUAUCAACCCCCUCCCUCGUCGUAUGAAUGUCGUAGCCGGUCUUCAAUACAAUCCUGUAGGUUGGGCAGUCCUUCAUGGAGUCCAUUAUCCUCCACCCCUUCAACACGUUCCACCGCCUCUGCCGGUGCAGCCUCCACCAGUCGCGAAUUUCGCCCCUCGGGGGAAUCAACCGCAACAUCAUCUCCGUGUGGCGGUACCUGAUCGACCACCUGCAAAUCCGCCUCGACGCAGAACUUCACCUCGUCGUCAACCUGUGGCCCCAAGACGUCCUGCCUAUCAACCUCCAGACUUGGAUGGUUGGGAUCCUCUCCAAGUCAUGUUACCCCCCGAACGUUUCCGAAAUUUAGAUGUCGUGCCUCAUCCAGGUCUGUUGAGACCUGAGAGGAGGGCGGCUCAGGCUGCAGCUAAUAAUGCUACCCUCGAAAUGGCAUGCGUGCCGCUGCUGCUCGCCCUAUUAUUGCUGCUCAUGUUGAGGAGCUGUGAAAAAACAAAAAAACAAACAACAACAACAAACAACAACAACAACAAUACCACUUUCAUCCGUGUGGAUACCCAAACCAGCAUGCUAAUCAGGAAGAACAGCAACUUUCGAUCUGCCUUCCAUGCGAGUCGCUCCUUCACGAGUUUCGAUUUCAUGACUUCGGACAUUUGCAUGAUCGCACCCCCGAACUGGGACAAACUCUAA